GACACAUCGAACUGCAAGUACGUGAGAGAAUCGGGUUGCUCCAAAAACCACCAAUUGCGCACAUUAUUCGCACGCGCACUCUCAUAAUCAUGGUGGAUGCCACCCGACUCGGCAUUAUGGCCUGCAACCAGCCUUGUCCACCGAUGUCAACACAUCUAACAGGUGCGGAGACGAAACCCCUAGGUUGCAAACGAUUCGACACCACGCCUCACGAGUAAGGGCCCGCUAGUCUGUAAAAAAAGUCUGUGCCUGAAUCUCCAUAACUGUAUCGAACACUUAAAGUACAAAUAGCCUUCUGAUAGGAUAGGUUUGCCCUGACGAAAGAGGAAAAGGGCUCUGGAUAAUGGAUGGUUGGUGCUCUAAUACUCCUCACACUUCAGGACCGUCAACAAGAGCCAUCCUCAAAAGGCAGAGAUCUUCCUAACGGGUAGUUAACUUCAACACCAAGCUCGUAACGCUCGCCAAGAGACUAGAUGAUAAGAACAUAUGCAACUCAGUCAACCUAUCGUUUUCACAACUUCCUUUUCAAGUUCAUUGUCCGGUACAUUCGAGUCAAGUGUUGACUGUUCCAAUGUUGUGCCUCGGAUAGGAGUCUUAGAUUGGAAGUUCGCAAAGCUGAGAGAUUGCAACGAGCAGAUCGAAUGAACAAGAAGAAGUCCACUGUGACUUGACAGAAUUUGUACAUAAAGCCCUCUACGCCCGCCCAUCGAUCAGAAUCAGUCUACAAUCCAUCAACUCAACUCAUUCCUCUCUUUUCCAAAGAACUCCGGGCCAGCCAAUCUGCUAUCCUCCACUCGUCACCAUGGUUUCCACUCAAUUCCUUGCCGCCCUCGCGCUUGCGAUUCUCCCAGCUUUGACAACGGCAGCAGCGAUUCCGGAGCCUCAGAUUCACACUGACACCGACAACGGUGCUGAUAUCGUUGGAGGAUCCGCAGCCGUCGCUGGCCAAUUCCCCUACCAGGUCGCUCUCCUCCGUGGCAGCUCUUUGUUCUGCGGUGGCGUCCUGAUCAAUGCCAACACUGUCCUAACUGCUGCCCACUGCUCAGUCGACUAUCCAGCAUCCGCUGUUACUGUUCGAGCCGGAUCUCUUACCUAUGCCUCAGGCGGAACCCUCGUCAAGGUCUCCAAGAUCAUCGUUCACCCAAGCUACAACUCCAGAACCGUCAACAACGACGUAGCAAUCUGGCAACUAGCCAGUCCCCUCACAGCCGGCGGCAACAUCGGCUACGCAACUCUCCCUGCUCAAGGAUCAGACCCAGCAGCUGGUGUGAGCACUACAGUUUCCGGAUGGGGCUUGACAUCUGAGUCCGGAACCACCCUCCCCUCUUCCCUCCGCUACGUCUCUGUCCCAGUCGUCUCCCGCGCCACUUGCCGCUCCCAAUACGGCACCUCAGCCAUCACCGACAACAUGUUCUGUGCUGCCGCUUCAGGCAAGGACUCCUGCUCUGGCGACUCUGGUGGACCAAUCACCAUCACCAGCACUGGUGUUCUGGCUGGUACUGUUAGCUGGGGUAACGGAUGUGCCCAGGCUGCUUAUGCUGGUGUAUACACCAGAAUAGGAAACUAUGUUUCUUGGAUCAAUGCCAACAAGGCAUAAAUUCAAACGGUGUGGUAACGAUAGCAGAUGGUUGACUGGGUUGUUCGUUUUGGUGGAACUUGGUUAGUGUGGGAUAGGUCAGAAAGGAGUAAGCUUUGGAAAAAGGGCGGUGAAAAGAGAGCGUCACAGGAUUGAACCACUAAACCACAAUCAUUAACACGCACAAAGUUGCC